CUAAGGGGCCCUGUCUCCCAUCUUCAUAUCCACUCUCCAGCCGGCUGCCUGCCCGCUGCCUCCUCCGUGCGUCUGCCCAGCCUCGUCCACGCCGCCACCAUGAGCCAGGCCUAUUCGUCCAGCCAGCGAGUGUCCUCCUACCGCCGCACCUUUGGUGGAGCCCCGAGCUUCUCGCUCGGCUCCCCGCUGAGCUCUCCCGUUUUUCCUCGAGCAGGCUUCGGCACCAAGGGCUCCUCGAGCUCAGUGACAUCCCGCGUGUACCAGGUGUCGCGCACGUCGGGCGGGGCCGGGGGCCUGGGGUCUCUGCGGGCCAGCCGGCUGGGGACCACCCGCGCGCCUUCCUACGGCGCGGGCGAGCUGCUGGACUUCUCGCUGGCCGACGCGGUGAACCAGGAGUUCCUGGCCACACGCACCAACGAGAAGGUGGAGCUGCAAGAGCUCAAUGACCGCUUCGCCAACUACAUCGAGAAAGUGCGCUUCUUGGAGCAGCAGAACGCCGCGCUCGCCGCCGAGGUCAACCGGCUCAAGGGCCGCGAGCCGACUCGCGUCGCCGAGCUCUACGAGGAGGAGAUGCGUGAGCUGCGGCGCCAGGUGGAGGUGCUCACCAACCAGCGCGCCCGAGUCGACGUGGAGCGUGACAACCUGAUCGACGACCUGCAGAGGCUCAAGGCCAAGCUACAGGAGGAAAUCCAACUGAGAGAAGAAGCGGAGAACAAUUUGGCUGCCUUCCGAGCGGAUGUAGAUGCAGCCACUCUAGCUCGCAUCGACCUAGAGCGCAGAAUUGAAUCACUCAACGAGGAAAUCGCAUUCCUUAAGAAAGUACACGAAGAGGAGAUCCGUGAGCUUCAGGCCCAGCUUCAGGAGCAGCAGGUCCAGGUGGAGAUGGACAUGUCCAAGCCAGACCUCACAGCGGCCCUCAGGGACAUCCGAGCUCAGUACGAGACCAUUGCGGCUAAGAACAUCUCUGAAGCUGAGGAGUGGUACAAGUCCAAGGUAGGUGAUCUGGCCUGGGGACCCUGGCACAUCCUCUAUCUCCAUGUGAGAUGCUUCCCGCACCUGCACCAUGGAGUAGGGAAAGCCUGGAAUUCCCAUACUCCCUCGCCCACACGGUCCCACUCCUCUCCACCUCACAGCCCCUUUCUCUGCCCUCAGGUUUCAGACUUGACCCAGGCAGCCAAUAAGAACAACGACGCGCUGCGCCAAGCCAAGCAGGAGAUGAUGGAGUACCGACACCAGAUCCAGUCCUACACCUGCGAGAUCGAUGCCCUCAAGGGCACCAAUGACUCUCUGAUGAGGCAGAUGAGGGAGCUGGAGGAUCGCUUUGCCAGUGAGGCCAGUGGCUAUCAGGAUAACAUCACACGCCUGGAGGAGGAGAUCAGGCACCUGAAGGAUGAGAUGGCCCGCCAUCUGCGGGAGUACCAAGACCUGCUCAACGUGAAGAUGGCCUUGGAUGUGGAGAUUGCCACCUACCGGAAGCUGCUGGAGGGAGAGGAGAGCCGGAUCAACCUUCCUAUCCAGACUUUCUCUGCUCUCAACUUCCGAGAAACCAGCCCUGAGCAAAGGGGUUCUGAAGUCCACACUAAAAAGACAGUGAUGAUCAAGACCAUUGAGACCCGAGAUGGAGAGGUCGUCAGCGAGGCCACACAGCAACAACACGAGGUGCUCUAAGCCAGACACUGUCCUGGCCCCAUCUUCACUGCCUCCUGAAACCAGCCUCUGCCACUCCCGGAUGUCACACCCAGCCACUUUCCUUCACUCACAGCCUCUGACCCCCUCCUCACUGAUCACCCCCUUGUGGUCUUCAUACUGCCCAGGAAACACCCCAGGCACCUCUGCAGACCUUACCAGGAGUCCUGGCUGUCGGCAGUUGCCAAUCCUGGCUCUUCAGAUAGAACCCAACUCGAGUCAUGGCCCUUUCCCUCCCACCCUCGUAACCUCAGGCUCUGGCCUUUGGCUCUGGAGAGGGUACCAGAGAGGGGGCUGGGAUCUGCAGGAUCAGGACAGAGCUUUAUGGACAUCCCCACAUUCGACCCCCAGCCUGGGUCAGAGACAGAGUGAAGCCUUCUCAGCUGAGAUGGAGAGAGGGGGGCUGAAAAAUGUCCAGAUGGCCCCUUUCUUUCCCAUCCCAGCCCAGGAUGGGCCUAGAAGAGCUGGGGCUGUAAGAGGGAACCCGAAGGUGCUGGAUGUGGGAGCAGGAGAUACAGAAGGAGAGCAGGUGGGUGAGGAGCUGGAGGCGAGAGUAGAGAGAGGCAGAGAGUGGGCUCAGGCUGGUGGGAGGAUC